AUGCCACUAGUGACGGUAUUAACAUUGGCGAACAAUGGGUUACCAACCAUUUUCCUAGUCAUCGAUAGCCUGGAAAGCGCGCGUGACAUGUCUCCCACGCGUUUCGAGCUUGCGGAUAGAUCAAAUGCCCGGGAAGUACUUAGGUUAACGUACGCUAAAAGCAACUUGCCACCCAUGGACCGCUUUGUCCUGGCGGCUUUCCCUACUGUUGGGUUAAACCCGUUAACGUUAAGAGGCUUCCUGGGGCUGCGGGCAAAGCCCAAGCUUCAUGUUCUAGAAUUAUCACCGAGUGCACUGAGCUGUCACUUUCGUCAAGCCGGUCAAUGUGAUGGUAUUGCCAGUACCUACUGUAGUCGGUCAAAAGCUUGGGACAUCGCGCCAGGCAAAGAUUUCCCGAACAUGCUAAUCCGGUUUAGGAAUUUAGCGAGCGCUCCGGCCACAGCGUUCCUCAUAGUAUUCAGAUUUCAGAGAUCUAAUCCAGAGACCACUGCGUUCCCAGGAGCCGCAGUAACAUUGCUUGACUCUUGCGAUGGAAUAGAGCUAAAGAUACAAAAGAGGGAAACUUACAUGGCUGACUAUCAAUAUCCAUUCACUACCUCGCACUACAAGCAUACCUUGAUGGGAUCUCCGACACCAUACGCUGGACCUGGCGGAAGUGAUUACCGUAGCCUUGCUUAUUUGGGUAAAGAUCGGACACUUUCAGUUGAUCCCUCAGGGAACAUUUUUAGCGCCAUCUGCUGGAAGGGCUAUGAUCCUCUUGAGUCAGAUCUCUCCACGGAGUACCGGUGGAUAAGCGUGGUUGCUUCCUUCCAGGGGCCGACUCCUGGGUCUGAAGCGUCAUAG